AUGCUAUACCUGAUGAUCUCAGCUACAAGCCUCAAACCAUCGUCCCUGCCCUCCCUAACUCUGCGAAGUGAGAGAGAACUGAUAGGCCAAGCCUUCGAAGAAGCUCUUGCCCGUACGCAGCCGAAAUGGUGGCACCGUGUAUGGACGUUACAGGAGGUCGUGGUGCCAUCAGUCGAGGCCUGGAUCUGCUUCGAGCAGUACACGAUCUCCAUUGACAUCCUAUUUCGGCUCGAGCUACCCGGCUCGAGUCUGAGUAAGGAACUCUUGGCCAGCAUAGACAUCCUCCACCAGUUCAGAAUGCUGUUUGGCGACGGCCAUAGCACGCUCAAACGUGCUUUGCAAUUCACGCAGGGCCGACAGGCCACUUUGCCCGGUGAUCGAAUCUUUGGUAUCCUGUCGCUGCUACCGCCCGAUAUGGCUCGGGAGCUCAAAUUGGCACUUAUGGAGCGUACCGCAGGCAGUAGUCAUGUUGAUCCCGAGGCGCUUGCUGCAGCUCGCUCGGCCACAUCUAAGGAGGCGAGAUCGCUUGCAGCUCAGGCAUCUGUCGUGCGGAUUAUCUCGGCCUCCCAUCUUCGAGAGUGUCUAGGAGCGGGAGUGCUGGCUUAUUGUGAGUCUCGAGACACUUACCACAACGCCGUCUGGGAGUCUAUUCUACCAGAUGCGCAUCAGUCCCAUUCAGCUGCUUCGCGUGAAUGGUAUUCGCCCUUCCGUGAUCAUACUAAGCUCUUCAGCACGAAAGAAGGACGCAUAGGCAUAUACUAUGACCUUGUGGAGGGAAAUGACGUUGUGGCUGUAGUGUCUACAACGCCCAAGCAGUUCAAGACAAUUGUAUUGGAAGAGGUGGCUUCGCACGACAAACAACCACUCUAUAGGUACAAGACUUUUGCUUGUAUGCUUGGUGUGGAUUGGGGUCAGCUUAGAGGCUGCAAGCCGCAGGUUAUCAGAGUAGUGUAG